AUGGGCCGGUGGGUCCGUUUCCAAUCCUUCUGCUUGACCGAUUUCACUCGGUUCCAGCCCCAGCGUACUUUUACUCCAAUUGCUGUUUCUCAAGACUUCAGCAGCACCUACAAAGUCGUCUUAUCUUCAAAGCGCAAAGGCUCUUAUUCCCAUGCCUGCGGAUAUUGGGCAUUACUUGCAAACAUCCUCUCCUCGAUUCAGCCCGUGUACCCUGAGCAGAUUGUGGACAUCUAUCUCUGGUCGCCGGCUGCAUCUAAAGUGGCUUAUGCGGAGGAUACGAAACGGAACCACGUACCAAUGAGGCAGAUCCGGACAGAAGACAAGAGCAGGAUCAGCCAGUCGAAAGUUGAGGCGACGAAGGGAAACGGCAGGUGUGAUGAAGCCACGCUUGUUUUACGGAGAAUGGCACGACUCACUAAUGCUGUCGACUACGAUGCCAGCAAAGCGUCUGGAAAUGUACCAAGUACACGGUCCGACUUUGGAAAUGAUCAAGCAUACUAUGAACUCCGGACAUGGUGCAUUCCUCUAGGUCUUCCUGCUAAUAUGACCAAGGUGAUAACAAAAGAGAAGAAAACACUUUUCACCAGUUUGCCGAUGCAACAUGAGAAGACGGAGAAACUUGAUUGCUCGGGAGUUUAUCGCAUCAAAUGCGGUAACUGCGAGCAGAAGUAUAUCGGUGGAACAGGAAGAAAAAUCGGCCUACGAAUCAAGGAACAUCAAAGACUCUGCAGGAAUAUGAAUAUGGAAGGAUCCGAAAUAGCGAAACAGAUUGCACGAACUGGGCACGAAAUCGACAGGAAAUUGACCGAA